AUGGCGAUGAUCAAUGUUGUUGUAGCUUUAAUGCUGGUUUCUUGUAAGUUUUUGAUGUUUAUUUGGUCUGCAACAAUAUUUUUAUGCUUUUUGUGUUUUUUUCGUGUUGUUUUAUGUUUGGUUUAUCUGUGUGAGCAUUAGAAUAAUAUUUUUUAAGGCCAGAUUUUAGCUUUUUUAUUAAAAACGGCAAGAACUUCCUUUACAAAGCAAAAAAUGGCAAGAACAUCCUUUGCAAAACCUACAAUGCUUAUCUUAUCCCACUUGAUACCUAAACCAACAUUUUUACAGACAUCUCCGCCGACUCCUUCUUCUUCAACACCGGUGUUCGUCUCAAUGCAGGCCAAACAAACUCGCCAGACCAAUUGGAAAAAGCUCUCAACGAAGCUGGCUUCGAUCUAAAAAUGAAUCCAUUGGAGAAGUUGGCUUUUUCCGGGGAAAGAGACGAGAUCUGUGCCAUUUACCAACAACACAAGCUAAUGGCCAAGAAUAUUGCCUUGAGGGGAAUGUUGAGAAUUGCUUGUGAAUUGAAAUAUGAAGGUAAGAGGAUAUAUUUUAGGUAACAUUUUGACGUACUUUUUGAUUUUUAAAGAAAGUUAUGGAAAUCAUACGUUUUUUGAAAAAUUUUAAUGUUUUGAGGCCUGCGGGUACAAGUUAUACGAUGAAAAAUUAAGCUUUUAAAAAUAAAAGUUUUAAAAAUAAAAAAUUUUAAAUGGUGUACUUAAAAAUCGGCAAAAUCACAUUUUUGCAAAGCAUAUCACACGACAAACCAGUUUCGAACUCGAGAUGACCAGUAAGAAUCUGAUGGUCGUAAUGUUUUUAAUGUUUUGCUUGAAGAGCGGUCAUUUCGGAUGAGUAGUAAUCUGUCAAAUGUCUUAUCUUUUUUAGUUUUAGCUAGUUUUUAAACGUUGAUAUGAUUUAUGACAUAUUUUUUUGCUAAUUGUCUUUGUAAGAAUGUUCUGCAGGCUGCGGGAGACAUUUUAUACGAUAAAAAAGUUGAAGUUUGAACUUUUUUAAAAAUUUGUUGGAGUUUUUGGUUUUGUAAAAAAAGUUUUUGUUAUUUUUUGUUUUGUAGAAAGUUUUUGCAAUUUUUCGUUUUGUAAAGAAAGUUCUGACAUUUUCUAAUUUGUAAAGAAAGUCCUUGCAAUUUAAACACGUUUUAACUCUAACCAACAUUUUCAGCUCUGACCCAAAACUCAGAAUGCCUUCAAGGCAUGGAAGAGUCUCUGGAGCCUCAAUGUGAACGUGCUUGCCUUCGAAAACAUUCGAUUUCAUCGGCCGAAGGCCAAUGUGAUGCCGUUUCAUGUACUGCCAAUUGUGUUGGUGCUCAAAUCAAGGAGUGCGGAGCUGAGAAUGGAGAAGAUUCUUUAAAUACCUUCUACUCUGAAUUGAUGGGAGCUCAAUUGGCAUGGAGUUGGGGCUUGGCUACGGCCGAAGAGGUUCAAUCGACCGCUGAAACUGGGCCAGCUGCUUGUGGAAAGAUGGUCAAUUUGGCUUGUAAGUUGGGUUAUUGAUAAGGUAUAGAGGAUAUGCUAGGGUAAUGUAUGGUAGAGUAAGGUAGGUUAGGGUGGGGUAUGUUAGGGUAGGGUAAUGUAUGGUAAAGUAAGGUAGGGUAAUGUAGGACAGGGUAGGGAAGAUAGUGACUCUGACAACGUUGUAAAACAAUUUAUCAACGAGUAAUGAGUAGCUCGAGUGACCUUGUGCCACUUCCGUUUCGUUUUUUUGUAGUAUUUGAUAGUAGUGUAAUAUCAGGAAUGUAGUAAAACUUUAACUUGAUUAGAAUGCACUUAUAAUUUUAAUGGCUCUGCUGCAGAUUUUCGAAAUUUAAAGUUUAGUAUAAUCGAUUUUAAUUGGAUUAAUAGACUAUAACUACUGGGCAGGGUAGGGGGCAUGAAAUGGUAGGAGUUGCUGAAGGAUAGGGGUAGUAAUAUAUCAGUCCUACUCCUACCGUUAUACAUAACGGUAGGAGUAGGACUGAAGGUAAGAGAAGGGACAAUUUAGAGGUAGGAGCAAUAAUAUCAGCAGGGUAAGGUAAGGGUAAUGGUAAAGGUUGGGGUAGGGUAACGUAGGGCAUGAAAGGGUAGAUGUUGAGGUAGGGGUUGGGUUAAGAUUUAGGGUAUAAUAGGGUAGAGUAGAGUAGGGUAAUGUAGGGUAGGGCCGGGUCGGGUAGGAUAGGGUAUAAUAAGCUAGGGUAGGGUAGGAUGGAAUAGGGUAGGGCAGAGUAGGGUAGGGUACUGUAGGGUAGGAUGAAGCAUAAUAGGUCUCUGCAGGGUCGGAUAAAGAUAGGGAUAUAUCCAAAAAACCUUUAAUCUAUGACAAUAAAAUUUUAGUGACAGCUCUCGAGUCGCAUGAGAUCAUGCCAAAACAAUCGAAAAAAGCCCUUUCCAAGUGA